AAAUGUUUUAUGGAUCUGCGGGUUGAACUGAAUCACCCCUUGCUAAAUGUGCGGGUUUAACCGUUUACAUCCAAAGCGUGGCUUAACAGCGCUCCACGCCGUGACCAGUGGCCACGUGGUGUGUGCUUGGCUUAUCAGCGUUCCAAGUCGUGACCAGUGGUCACGUGGUGGGGGUCAGCCUAUCGCUAGCCUCCCGCGUCAGCCAUUCUAGAAAAAUCUUCUGAGAUGCGUGCUUGCAUAUUUUGAGCAAAAAUAUUUUGCAUAAUUUUUCUGAUAUAUUGUGUGCGAAGGUAUAUACUUUACGCAUUAUUAAUAGGAAUUGCUUCGUCCUAUUUCUGGAUUAAAAAUAUAGUGGUGGCAACCUUCCGAUGCCUUUUAACUUUGUGAAACAUUGUACGGUUUGCGCUAUUUAGAAAACGGAUUACUCAGGCUGUGGAUGUAAGCGUCUUUGACCUACAUGUGUUUAGUAAGGACAUAAGCGAGUUAAAAUGGCCGCGCCUAUGAAAGUGCAAUGUUUUGGACAUUCUUUUGUAUCUCGACUUCGAACUUUCAUUCGAGAGGAGGAUUCACUUAAUUUUCAAUUCGGUUUACACGGACGGCCCAUGAUACAGUACUCCGGCUUUCCUGGGGCUUCAGCAGCGGUUCUCAAAACAAAAAUUGGAACAGUGGCCGACUUUUCUCCGGAUGUUCUCAUAUUAAUGAUUGGCACUAAUGACGUUUAUAACUCUAAAUUAACCGUGCAAGACAUUACAAAUCAAAUUUGUGAUAUAGUUGACAGUGCACUUCAUAUUUUGAACAUUACACAGGUCAUAGUUUGCCAAGUGUUACAUCGAUGUCCAGCAUCUGUGCAAAUCCGUUACCCAGUUUACAUUGAGUGGUUCAAUGAUCGAGUGGAUGCUUUGAACAUACAACUUCACAUCAAUCUGCAUUCCCGUUUUCCUGGUCGUGCAUAUCUAUGGCGAUUCAAGGGAUUUUGGUCGGCAGAGGCGAAGGCAAAACACUUCAGUUCGGAUGGUUGCCACCUUUCCAGAGAUGGGCAGUUCAAACUUUUGUCAAAUCUUCGGGCAGCCAUAGUUGCAGCCAUCCGUACCACAGUCAAGUGAUACACAAGUUACGUUUUUAUGUUUCAAUAACUAGCUUGGUACAUUACGCAAAAGUUUGGAAUAGAUUUGCUUUUCUUUAAUUUAUGAAGCAUAUUCAACUUCGUCAAUGAUAUUCCAUUACGAUAAGCUUUAUGCUUGAUAUUUCAGUUUGAUUAGUUGAAAAUACAUUUAUAGUUUUAUUAAUGGUAUAAUAUUGUUUGUUACCACAGUGCGGCAUGAUUUCACUGUUUUCAGUGGGGUAUGCACAUUUUCUUGUCUGUGUGGUGCACAAGGUGUCUUUGGAAUAUGACCACGGUGUGGUCAUUGUUAAUUUUUGCAGUCUUCCCAUUUUAGACCUUGUGCGGUGCACAAUGCGACCACGGUGUGGCGUGGGUCAACCUUAUUUAGUGCGGUGCACAUUUUUGACCUUGUGCGGUGCACAUUGCGACCACGGUGUGGCGUGGGUCAACUUCUUAUUUUAUUUUGGGGUGUUGCACAGUUUUGACCUUGUGCGGUGCACAUUGCGACCACGGUGUGGCGCGGGUCAACUUUAUUUAGUGCGGUGCACAUAUUUGACCUUGUGCGGUGCACAUUGCGACCACGGUGUGGCGCGGGUCAUUUUUUAUUUUUUUAUUUUUUUUUAUUUAGUGCAUUGUGCACAUUUUUUGGCCUUGUGCGGUGCACAUUGCGACCACGGUGUGGCGCGGGUCAACCUUUUUAUUUUUGUACGGUGCACAUUUUUUGACCUUGUGCGGUGCACAUUGCGACCACGGUGUGGCGCGGGUCAACUUUUUAUUUAGUGCAUUUGCACAUCUUUUGACUUUGUGCGGUGCACAUUGCGACCACGUUGUGGCGCGGGUCAACCUUGUUUGGUGCAGCAUGACAUUUUUUCUGUUGCUUUGUGCGGUGCAUAAUGCAACCGCAUUUUCGUUUCUUUAGGUUUUGAUAUUUUUCAGAUGCGCCGUCAAAAACAUAAGGCUGCCACAGUAUCUAGUUGUCCUUGCUGCCCUGACACAGACAAUAACAAAGAUGCACCAAUUCCACUACAUGGAACAAGUCGAGACAACUCUCGUCAUGCCCUGACUGCAGGUCGAAAUAAGAAGGUGGCAACUGAGAGGCAGACUGGACGGCCUAGAAGUAAGAAAACGUCCAGCGCCACAGCCUUUCCGGAUACCUCUCCAAACGUGUCUAAACGUACUAGGCUUUUGCUGUCACGUGACAAUUCGGAUUGUGAAGCUGAGGCGGAAGCCCCGGUUCUGGCAAAUCCGCCUCUAUCUACUACAUCGAUGAACAAUCAUCACUUCAUAUCUUUAUCUCAUGAAGAUUCUGAAUUGUGAAGCUGAGAUAGUCAUCCCAGCCAUCCGUAUCCCAACAGUUCACGUCUGAGAAGGUCAACCAUCAACACAAUGUCUAUCCCUCCUGGAGGUGUUCAGACUGUUCAGAUCCCUGGAAGCGACACUUCAGACUCAGAUGAGUCUGUGGAAGACACAGACUACCCUUCUCGCCAACACUCGGAGUUAAUAACAGGUAAUGGCACACCAAUUCAAUAUUCUGAGCCUAUUAGCUCCCCUAUCUUAUCGCAAAUAAAGAAGUCGGUCCAAAAAGCUAUCUGGGCACAUAAAUAUAUCGACAUAGCUUCGCUUCUGCCGGCAUCAACCAAUCAACACCAAUCUCCAACAUUUUCUUUACAUGUGGACAAUCAAUCCAAUAUAUCACCAUCACACAAAGCUAAGAAAAUUACUACCAUUGAGUCAUGGACAUCGGCUUUUAUUCGGUUUAUCGCCGUCUACUCACACAAAUAUCCACUUGAAACUUCCCAGCUCAUGAAGUAUAUGGAGAUAGUUCGGGAUAUCGCUUCACGGCGCCCAGGUCUUUCAUUUGCUUUCUACGACACCCAGUUUCGUAUGGCCCGAGCAUCUGCACCCUUGCCAUGGGACAGGUUACACACAGAAUUUUGGUUAAUGGCGUGUACCUCUUUUAACCCAGUAUCUGCACAAACACAGCCAUUUCGUCCCUUUCGUCCUGGAAAGUCAACUUCAUUCAAAGUCAGACAAUUCCUCGAGAACACAUGUUGGAAUCACAACAAGCGCACUGGAUGCCAUAAUCCCAAAUGUUCCCAACCCCACGUGUGUGGGUUUUGCAGAGGACAACAUACAGCAUUCCAUUGCACAUACUCAAAUAAACAAUUCAAUGCCCAGGCCGCUCAAAACUCAUCCACGCCCAAAUCAUCCCAAGCCAAAUCUUUCAAACCGAGUGGUCACUCCAGUUAAUAUUGCCAAUAUGACCCCUUUUUUAUUCGGGUACCCUUUAGCCCAGUAUAUCAUCCAUGGGUUUACAAAUGGUUUCAAAUUGGGUUAUUUAGGUCCUCGAAAUAACACUUCAUGCUCAAAUCUAAAAUCUUGUAUCCAAGACCCUUAUAUGGUUGCUCGUAAGCUUCAGAAAGAGUUAGAUGCUGGUCGCAUUAAAGGUCCUUUUUCAAUUAAACCCUUUCCCCAAUUGCAUAUUAGUCCUAUAGGCUUAGUUCCUAAGAAAGAACCAAACCAGUUUAGGUUGAUUCAUCACUUAAGUUAUCCCGAAGGUAACUCAGUAAAUUCAUUUAUUGACAAAAAUCUGGCUUCCGUCUCUUAUGCAACUUUCGAUGAUGCUGUACAAAAAGUAGUCAUGUUAGGGCGGGGUUCUUUGCUCAGUAAAACAGACAUUGACUCUGCUUUUCGCAUCAUUCCAGUACACCCCGAAGACCAUGAUUUGCUCGGUUUCAAGUUUCGAGACAAAUUCUAUUUUGAUACUUGCUUGCCCAUGGGCUGCUCUUCAGCUCCCGCCAUAUUUGAGCGAUUUAGCACUGCCCUUCAGUUCAUUUAUGAAAAACACCUGGGCAUCGAUUGUAUGGUUCAUAUUCUUGAUGAUUUUCUCAUUCUAGGUCCACCUAAUUCCGCUCACUGUCAAACUAACUUGGAUAAAUUUUUACGUUUUUGUGCAUACGUCGGGGUGCCUACCAAACCCGAAAAAACUGAAACUGCUCGGACAGUUAUCACAUUCAUGGGACUUGAAUUAGAUACUAUGAACAUGGAAGCUAGACUUCCGCAGGACAAGCUAGUUAAACUUCGAAACCUUCUGUUCUCGGUAAAACGUACCAUAACUCUGAAACAGCUUCAGUCUUUACUUGGUUACCUCAACUUUUGUUGCCAGGUGGUUCGUCCUGGCCGAUGUUUUUUAAGGCGUCUCAUAGACCUCACAAAGAAAGCCAGUUACCCUCGACAUUACAUUACUCUCACCAAAGAACAUAGGAGAGACAUAGCUGCAUGGAAGCUUUUUACAGAUCAUUUUAACGGUACUUCUUUACUGCUUCAGCUCCGCUGGGUCGAGGCUGAUUCACUUCACUUGCAUACUGAUGCAUCUGGUUCAUUAGGUUUUGGGGCGACAUUUAAAAGUCAUUGGUUUUUUGGAACAUGGUCAGACCGAAUUCAACCUGAGGGCAUAACGUUAAAAGAACUUUUUCCUAUUGUUUUGGCUUUGGAGCUAUGGGGUCAUCAGUUACAAAAUCGUUGCAUUGUGUUACACACUGACAACAUUUCUGUCACCCAUAUAAUUAAUAGACAAACGUCUAAAGUUUCGAAUAUUUUGGUGAAGUCGGAGCACAUUCCAGGCAAACAAAAUGUUUUACCUGAUCUACUUUCUCGCCUUCAGGUCGACAAGUUCCGUCAGUUAGCGCCCCACAUGGACAUAGACUCAACUCCGGUGCCAGAACACCUGACCACAAUUUUCUGAACUACAGUGUGUGUACCCUUCUAAAUACGUCUCUGGCACCCUCCACGAUGAAUAGCUAUAGAAAUGCUUGGAAGCAUUACAUGGCCUUUCACCAACUGUAUUACCCACAAUGCGCUCCUUUGCCCGUACCAGUAGUACAUCUUACACAGUUUAUUGCCACUUGCCAACAUCGUCAGCUCAAACCUUCUACAAUCACAUCAUACGUAUCUGCUAUUGCUUAUGUUCAUAAAAUUCAAAACUUUCCGAAUCCGGCAGAAGCAUUCAUAGUACAAAAAUUGUUACGCGGUCUUCGGCGUGAUGGCGCGAAAGACAAACGGCUCGCGUUCUGCCUCACCGACCUAGAAAACAUAAUUUCUUAUUUACCAUCCGUCUGCGUGAACGGCUAUUAUGCGGUGUUAUAUAAAGCUAUGAUACUGGUUGCUUUCUUCGGUCUAUUCCGCAUCGGCGAAUUGGCAUUAUCAAAGUUAGGGCAAAACAAUUUGAUUCAAAAGGCAGGCAUUCAGUUUGAAUACGCAAACGGUAAAGUAUCCGGUGUUCAGGUUGAGUUACAAGCUUAUAAACACUCCGCUGGUCGGGGCGCCAGGAUUCCCUUGUCCCGACAGCCUUUAAAAUCACUCUGUCCGGUUCGCGCUUUAACUCGUUAUCUACGCCGCUCAUGCGCUUAUCAGGGUCCCCUAUUUCAUCACCCCCAUGGCAUUCCGAUAACUACUUCUGCGUUUUGUCAGGUUUUAAGGCAAUGCGUUAUAAAAUGUAAUCUUGACCCAAAACGCUAUACGAGUCAUUCUCUGCGGAUCGGAGGCACUACUCACGCCCAUCUAUUGCAUAUGCCUGCAACACAGAUUCAACAACUUGGCCGCUGGCGUUCUAAUGCAUAUCUAAAGUACAUCCGUCCGAAACCAGUGCCUAUUACCAGUUAGGGUCACGGGGUCGCCAUUUUGCUCCCAUACUUGCUAUAUGACUUUCAGUGUGCCAUUACCUGUUCCUAUUGUUUCUACAAUGACCCAGUGGGGGUCAAACUAGUUGUAUUACUCACUGUGAUAAAGCAGGGGUAAACAUUUCAACGUUUUACCUACCGUGACAAAGCGGAGGUCAUAUUUUAAUAUUUGUAUUAACAGUGUUUCCUACCGUUACGAAGCGGAGGUCCUAUUUCAAUGUGUUUAUUAACAGUGGUACCUACCGUUACAAAGCGGAGGUCCUAGUUCAAUAUGUUUAUUAACAGUGUUACCUACCGUGACAAAGCGGAGGUCCUAGUUCAAUAUGUUUAUUAACAGUGGUACCUACCGUUACAAAGCGGAGGUCCUAUUUCAAUGUGUUUAUUAACUGUGUUACCUACCGUGACAAAGCGGAGGUCCUAGUUCAAUACUUUAUUAACUGUGUUACCUACCGUUACAAAGCGGAGGUCCUAUUUCAAUGUGUUUAUUAACUGUGUUACCUACCGUGACAAAGCGGAGGUCCUAGUUCAAUACUUUAUUAACUGUGUUACCUACCGUAACGAAGCGGAGGUCAUAAUUCAAUAUUUUUAUUAACAGUGUUACCUACCGUGACAAAGCGGAGGUCCUAGUUCAAUACUUUCUUAACUGUGUUACCUACCGUAACGAAGCGGAGGUUCAAUUUCAAUAUGCUUAUUAACAGUGUUACUACUUGUUUUUGCUUGUAACUUAUACGUACAUAUGUGUGUAGUGUUGCUAUGUUAUCUAACGUGUCAAAGUGUUGUUCUUUUGAUAGAUUUUUAUUUCAUUUUCUUUUUUCACGUUAUAUAGGAAAACAUAAAUUAAAUUGUUUUCGUAUAUUUAAAAUUGAAUUCGCGCAGAUUGGGUUCCCAGUUUCAUAAGCUAAUCAUCCUUAACAGCAUCUAUGGCGCAGUGCCAUGCCAACGUUCCUCUUUUUGGGCGUCGUGUGGUUACACAUAUGGCGGUUAUUUGGACGCCCAAUGUGCUAGUCGUGAAUAAUAUGUUACGAGGAUGUCAAACUCGUAUUUAUUAUUAGUUUUGACAUUGAAUAAAUGUCCUUUUCACUGACUGUGGUUUAUUAUUCACGUCUCCCACUUGGUUGAACUUGUCAUGGCCAGCCCCUCCUUAUUCAGUAGCAAUACAUAAAUAUAAUUUUAUGCCGACAUAAAAUGUUUUAUGGAUCUGCGGGUUGAACUGAAUCACCCCUUGCUAAAUGUGCGGGUUUAACCGUUUACAUCCAAAGCGUGGCUUAACAGCGCUCCACGCCGUGACCAGUGGCCACGUGGUGUGUGCUUGGCUUAUCAGCGUUCCAAGUCGUGACCAGUGGUCACGUGGUGGGGGUCAGCCUAUCGCUAGCCUCCCGCGUCAGCCAUUCUAGAAAAAUCUUCUGAGAUGCGUGCUUGCAUAUUUUGAGCAAAAAUAUUUUGCAUAAUUUUUCCUCCACCUCCCAAUCCACCUCCAUACAUAUUCAAAUAAUCUAUGUGUAUAUUAUUUAAAUUUUUUGUUUUUUUUGUUUUUGCAUUUCUUUAUGUUGUUUAUUUGUAUUGCAAUCAACUCAUUUCUAAGUUGUUUGUGUACUGUUUUAUACUGUCAUUUCUUUGAACAUAUACAUGUUUAGGCAGUUGUUCUAGUAUAUUUUGGUUUUAUUGUUACACGGUUAUUCAUUAUUGGGCGGUUAUUUGGACGCCCAAUGUGCUAGUCGUGAAUAAUAUGUUACGAGGAUGUCAAACUCGUAUUUAUUAUUAGUUUUGACAUUGAAUAAAUGUCCUUUUCACUGA